UUAUGGUGGGAGGGUAUUUUUAACAUUACGACUUUUGGAGGGGUUUGAUUGCAUUUAAUCUUAAGGAAGAAGGGAAAGAAGAAAUGAGACGACGGCGCCGCAAAUGAUAAACCCUAAACCCUAGUCUGUGAAUUGUUAGCUAUAAAUUACAGACGAACACUUGAGAGCAACCAAAUCCCAUAUAAUAAGACAUUAAAUCCAUGGACAAAAACUUGCUAACAGCAGAUCUCUCGUCUCUUUCGGAAGCCGAUAAGGCUACAAUCUCCGCCGUUGUUGACCAGCUUCAAACCCGCGACAGUCUCAGAAUAUAUAAUGCGCUUGUGCAAAAAUGCUUCGAUGACUGUGUGGAUAGCUUUUAUCGUAAAUCUCUAGGAAAGCAAGAGGAAAACUGCGUCAAGCGAUGCGCAGAAAAAUUUCUCAAGCACUCAAUGAGAGUGGGAACGAGAUUUGGUGAACUCAACCAAGAUGGAUCGACAGAGUAGAUGCAGCCAGAGCAGUCAAUACUCAUUUCUUUUUCGACAUCAGCAGAAAACUAAAACAGUCUACCAGACAGCGUAAGGAGUAAAUUGCCCUCAUAACACGGAGUAUUAACCAUUUUAUGUAAAUGUAAUCAGAACUGCUUAUAUGUACAGUUGCCAGCUUGAGGAGGCAUUCGUAGGCACAGAGUUAUUCAGGUUUAGGAAUUCGUUGCCAGUCAAUUCGGCACUUGUGUGGACAUAUGGUUAACACAGAACGUAGCAGUUAGUUGUUUACAAAAAAGUUUGCAUUUGCAUUCUUGCCCGCUACUUCUUCCAUUUGAGUACCCUCUGCUAAGUUGGUUGUUAAAACUAACUGUCAACCUAAUUGUGGAGGAAAAAUUAAACGGGAAUUCAUUUGUGUAAGGGCAUAUUUGGCUUCUA